AGGCGGCAAAGGCUUUAAUCUCGGACUAAUUCAGCUGCUUUUGAAGUGAAAAUUUCUACCAGUUUGUACUUCGGGAGUACAGAGCGAGGACCUGCAGACAGGCACGCACAAGACGCAGCGCUCAUGGUGCAGGACGCAACCGCGGAUCUGCGAUAACCUCGCACGGACCUGCUUCCAGCUGCCUCGCCUUGCGCUUGUCCUACUAGGAUUACCUGCUCUCGAGGCAUUUUUUUUUUUAAAUAUACAUUUAUCACGGUUAUUUUUCUCCGACAUAAAGGCUCUGGUCCCAUUUUUUCCGAUUUCCUUAAUGAAUCUGACGAAAGCCUCACCAUUUCAUUUCCUGACAAUUGGGACAUGAUCACGUCGCCCUUGGCGUCAGCUCUGAAAAAUAGUGAUAUUUGUGUAACGUGGGAAAGCAGCAGUUCUCGGAAUAGCAGCUCUGCGAGCAUCGACAAGCUUUUGCUUCACUCCGCACCUCCGACUGAUCCAAUACGGCAAGCAAAGCGACUUCCCAUCAAGGUUUUGAAAAUGCUUACUGCACGGUCGGGACACAUUUUGCACCCGGAGUAUCUGCAGCCUUUGCCUUCUACCCCAGUUAGUCCGAUAGAGCUAGAUGCCAAGAAAAGUCCGUUGGCUCUGCUGGCGCAGACCUGCUCCCAGAUCGGCAAACCGGACCCGCCGCCGUCCUCCAAAUUAUCCUCCGUGACAACAAAUGGAUCUAGUGAGAAGGAAUCUAAGUCAGGCCCUUUGAAAUUGAGCGACAUCGGUGUGGAUGACAAAUCUAGCUUCAAACCCUAUUCGAAACCAUCUGACAAGAAGGACUCGUCUUCGGAGAGAGGAGAGAAGUGUGGUUUCCGAGUGCCGAGCGCCACCUGCCAGCCGUUCACGCCGCGGACGGGCAGCCCCAACUCCACCGCGUCCGCGUCCCCCAGGCCGUCGGAGGGCAAAUGUGACAGGGACAGGGAUGACAAGAAAGACUCUGAUUGUAAUAAAAACGCCUCUACAGACGGGACUGGCACCACGAGCCACAGCAGGAUAAGCGUGAGCUGUGGAGGGAUUAAUGUGGAGGUCAACCAACACCAGGAGACGACGCCUGGCACAAAAAGCACCUCCUCCUCCUCGGACUCCUCUUCUGUAACUUCUGUAUCCUCCGCAUCCGUUCUCGGGUCAGGACUUGUGGCGCCUGUUUCUCCUUACAAACCGGGACAGACUGUGUUCCCCUUGCCCCCGGCGGGCAUGAGCUACCCGGGCAGCUUGGCCGGGGCCUACGCCGGCUACCCGCAGCACUUCCUGCCGCACGGAGGGAGUUUGGUGAACGCGCAGCUGGCCGGCUCUCUGGGCUGCAGCAAGGCCGGGUCCAGCCCGCUGGCCGGGGCCUCGCCCCCGUCCAUCAUGUCCGCCAGCCUGUGCAGAGACCCGUACUGCCUCAGUUACCACUGUGCCAGCCACCUGGCGGGCGCGGCCGGCGCGUCGUGCACGCACGACCCCUCCGGGGCCCUGAAGUCCAGCUACCCGCUCAUGUACCCGACACACCCCAUCCACGGCGUGCACUCCUCGGCGCACUCCCCGGCGUUCAGCGGACACCCCCUUUACCCCUACGGCUUCAUGCUCCCCAACGACCCGCUCCCCCACGUUUGUAACUGGGUGUCGGCAAACGGACCGUGCGACAAGCGUUUCUCCUCAUCAGAGGAGCUGCUGAACCACCUGAGGACACACACGGCUUUUACCGGGGCCGACAAGUUGAUAUCGGGUUAUCCGGGGUCGUCGUCUCUGGCCAGCGCCGCGGCGGCCGCCAUGGCCUGCCACAUGCACAUGCCCCCGUCAGGACCCCCGGGGAGUCCCGGGACUUUGGCUCUCAGGAGCCCGCACCACGCGUUAGGACUCAGCAGUCGCUACCACCCUUACUCCAAAAGCCCUCUGCCGGCCCCCGGCGGGCCCGUGCCCGUCCCCGCGGCCACCGGCCCGUACUACUCCCCUUACGCACUGUACGGACAGAGACUCACCACAGCAUCCGCGCUGGGAUACCAGUGAGGGGAGAGGGGGGGGAAAAGACUCUGCAAAGUUUAUAGUACUAAAAAAAUGCAAAUAUAAAGACUUUUAUAUUAACUGCGCUAAACUUAUGGACGGGAUCCGUGGACUUGAACUGUAUUUAUUUAUAUGUCGGCUUAAAAGCAGGCAGCAACAAGCUGCAAAUGGAAAAUAUUUGAGCAACUCAAAAAGUGCAUUAUGUUGAACCCGAUCUCUAUAGGUAAAGUGAAAACACGCAUAUGUUUAGAGUACUAAUUAACGUAGGGGGGGUCUUCAGUUCAUGUUCAUUUGAAAUUGCUAUGAUUGUAUUUGUUAUUAUUUAAUGUCUCAUUGAGAACAAAAUAAUUUACAUGCAUGGUUGUUUCUUAAAUUUAAAAAAAAAAUUGUCCACAUUUGACAUUGCCGUUAUUUUUCAGGUGUACCUGAUGGAAAGAGAAUUGAUAUUUUUUUGUAUGUAUUCUGAGAAAGAAAAAAAAAGAAGCAAAUCUGUUCAAUAUCUCAGUCUGGCUCUUUUUGUUAAUUUCUUUGGUUACUUUUCCUUUUUUUUAAUUGGCCUAUUAAAUUAUUGAGGAUAAAACUCUCAUCUGGUCAUUUCUCCAAAGGCCUAUGGAUUUUUCGCCUCUAUUAUAAAGGUUUAAUUACUGUAUGAUGACCUUUUUCUCUCAUUUAUUUCUUUACAGCACAAGGACAGUCUCCAUAAGCAUUAAACAAUAAAUACGGAUCAUAUUAAUUGAAUG